AUGGUCAGAUUUAAUAAUAUUCUAACUGGAAAAUAUUAUAUGUUGUUCUGUAUAUUUGUAUUAUCAUGUAUUUUGUACAUUCUUUCGCAAUUCUACCGUACCAUACUCAUAUCUGAACUUACAAUAUUAUUAGAUAAUACAGUCGCAAAUAAUAAUACAACAUAUUACUAUUAUCAUCAUGCAACUUCAGAUCGAAAUUCGUCUUAUCUUUUUAUUAGUGGUGAUACAUUUCGAGCUUUUUCUGAUUAUAUAUAUGAUGAAACAAGAAACGAUAAUUUAAGUUCAGUAAAAUAUGGUGAAAUUGUUUUUGUGAAAACUGAUAUGCUUCCAAGUUUUUUUAAUUCAUCAUUUAAAUCUAUACGAGAACCAUUUGUGCUUAUUUCAAUCAUUUAA